AUGGCGGUCAGCGCGCCGCGGACCCCGACCGGGAGGGCACCGGAUGAGGAGGAAGCGGACGACGGGGGAGAAAAGGAGCAGGGACAGAUGCAGCAGGACCAGGACCAGGACCAGGUACAUCAGGAGGAACAGGGGAAUGGGGAGGCGGAGCAACAGCAACAGGAGCAGCAGCAGGAGGAAGAGGAGGAGCAGGAGGAGGGGGCGGUGGAGGACGCGGUGAUGGAAGAUGCGGGGGAGGUAGUUGUUGAAGGGGAUGGUAAUGGCGAUGCGGAAGAAGGUCAGGGUGAAAGUGAAGGUGUUGACCCAAUCCAGGAGGAGGUGAGUUAUCCUGAUGGAAUUGACGAGAAUAAGAGAAAGCUUAAUGAAAAGCUGGAUGUCCUAAAUAAAAAGAAGCAUGGUCUUGUGCAGAUGCUGAAGCAGAUCUUAGAUGCUGAAGAAGAAAUCCGAAGGCGUAGCAUGCAGGCUUCAUUGCGUGCUGCGAUGCCUCAGCCAUCAGAAAAUGCAACAGAUGGAAGUUCUGUUUCUAGAUUGGCCCCUAGAAUGACUGUUGAUGUCAAUUUUGGUGAUGUUGCUGGCGAUUCAGAUGCUGGUUCCAACCAGGGCACUCCUGGACGCCCCUUGCAUCACUUCCACAGUAUCUCUCCUUCAACAGCCUCUUUUGCGAGGUCACCGUUUGGUUCUCUACAGGGCCACACUCCAAGGAGUCCGACAACAUUCUCUACGGCAAGUCCAUCACGCUUCGCCACAAAUAUACACCAAGGACAACCUCCUGCUCUUUAUUCAGCAUCAUUGCCAGGAAGUGCUAGGGCGCCAGAUCUUCUGGACAAUGUUCUAGGUAAAUGUAUUAUUACUAGGUUCGAAGUGUCAAUUUACUGCGCAGUUCCCCAAGUAUUUGUAUCAUGGCUUGCGCUGAAAUCAAGGCUUGUCAAAUUGAGUUACGUUGCAGUAACCAAGACGUCGAAGGCAGGGGACUACAGGAAGUUGCAAGAAAAAGGAUUAGCAGAGUAA